AUGCACCCACAACCCCCCCAAAAGUACCGCCAAGGUGGACAGACCCGGUACGAGAAGCCAGGAGACCAAAAACUACCUGGAGUUGCAGCCCCAGUCUGCGAAGCGUCUCUGUCGUUGGUGAAUCCUAGCCAGGGAUUGGGUCCGGGGACCGUGAGCAUGGCCCGAACGGCGCUGGGCAUCGCCUUCUCUCUGCAGCUCCUCGUCUCUGUUAUCCAAGGGCGGCGGGAUGUUGAGCUGUUCCAUCACCCGACGCUGGACGCCGUGGCGGGCGAUAGCGUGGCCUUGCCGUGCAUUCUCAAAGCCCCGGCCGAUCUCAACGUGGCCAGCAUCGAGUGGAGGAAGAACGACCACAAGCUGGUCGUGUUCCACCCACAUCUGGGGGAGAAUCUUCUCUGGCCUAACGUGACCUUCCGGGCGGAGAAGAACGAUCAAGACAAGUUGAUGGGGUCGUCCCUACUCCUCACCGGGGUGACAGAGUGGGACAGCGGCGUCUACACUUGUGACAUCACAAGCUUCCCUUUGGGCUCCAUCAAAGGUGAAACCCGGCUGACAGUCAGAGACGACAUAGAGGUCCAGUGUGACGGGAACGGCACCGUGGAGGUUCAUUACGGAGGAAACGCAUCCGUCUGCUGCAGAGCAGGCGCUCGGGCCGAGUACAGGUGGACCAAGGACCAGCAGCUGGUAUCAGAGACGGGGUCUCUGGAGCUGUGGCAGGUGACGGAUGCACAUGCAGGGGUUUACCAGCUGACCGUCAGCACAGGAAACACCAGCCUGCAUUUGGAUUUUAUAAUCACGGUGCUAGCAGCAGCUACGAGCGUGAAACCAGGUGAGCCGUCCUUUAUAAUCACGGUGCUAGCAGCAGCUACGAGCGUGAAACCAGGUGAGUCGUCCUUUAUAAUCACGGUGCUAGCAGCAGCUACGAGCGUGAAACCAGAUGCUGUGACGGUGACGCUGCAGGGUCUUCCUGAAUCAGCGAGCAGCAGCCUCGCCACAUCACCGACCUCCGGGCUUCCAGCUGCUUUAAACCGGACGGUUCACCCAGGCACCGGUAAUCUGGGGCUCACGACCGCGGAGCGUAUAACCUCCUCCAUCGACUCAGCGGCUACGAGUUCCCGUCCAGCAUCGUCCCCCGCCACGCUCUCCGAGGCCGCCCGCCCCCUCCACCCUGCUGCCUCCACUGAUGGAGUAUCCGCUAGGGUCACCGCGGUGACGCCGGAUCAGGAGCCGGCCGGCGAUGAGGCGACGACGGCCGCCACGCUGCACCCGGGUGUGGGUGGGGAGGACCCGGGCACCUCGGGCCCCUCGGGCCCCUCGGGCCCCUCGGGGGGGUCUAACAACUCCAGGCCUCCUGAGCCGCCCUCCGUCACCGGGCCAGUGUUGUUUCCGGGGAACGGAGGUGCCGGACGGACUCACCUGUUCCUGGUGUUGACCGUCGUUCCGGUGCUGUUACUGAUUUCUGCAGUCGGGUUUUUCUUCAAGAGACACAUCAUGAAGAAGAGGAUGGACCUGCCACCUCCGUUCAUACCCCCCCCACCUCCCAUCAAGUACGCAGCUGCACAACGAUGUGAGACGACGAUAUACUCCUUCGCCGUCUCCAGGUGCAACUCGGUGGCAGACCCCAAAGAGAUGAGACAAAUGUUGGUUUGAGAGAUUCACAAACGUACGGAGCUAGAACAGUCUCAUAAUUCACACAUGCACAGGACAAGUUUUACACCUGCUGUUUGAACUGCCUUAGCGCCGUUCGCUUAGAAAAGUGAUUAAUAUUUCGAGUUGGUGGAGUAAAGAUUAGUGAUGCACCGAUUGUUCGGUAACCGAAAUUGUUCGGCCGAAAAUGGCAAAAAAACACUUUCGGUGUUCGGUGGAAUAAGUGGGAAAAAAACAAAACAAUUAAU